AUGAAGAUGUCCCAGUCUUCCUCUGCAGAUGAAGGAACCACGUUUGAACACCUCUGGAGUACGCUGGAGCCAGAUAGCACAUAUUUUGAUCUCCCCCAGUCCAGCCAAGGGGGCAAUGAGGUGGUGGCUGGUGGGACUGUGGUCAGCAUGGAUGACUUCCACAUGCAGAGCAUGAAUGAGUCUGUCAUGUCCCAGUUCAAUCUGCUCACCAACACCAUGGAUCAGAACAGCAGCAGCCGAGCGGCCUCCACCAGCCCCUACAACCCAGAGCACUCUGCCAGCGUCCCGACACACUCUCCCUACUCCCAGCCCAGCUCGACGUUUGACACCAUGUCCCCUGCGCCUGUCAUCCCUUCCAACACGGACUACCCCGGCCCCCAUCACUUUGAGGUCACUUUUCAGCAGUCCAGCACCGCCAAGUCGGCCACUUGGACAUACUCACCACUGCUGAAGAAACUGUACUGCCAGAUCGCCAAGACAUGCCCCAUCCAGAUCAAGGUGUCAACACCCCCUCCGCCUGGCACUGUCAUCCGGGCCAUGCCCGUCUACAAGAAAGCAGAGCACGUGACCGAGGUGGUGAAGCGAUGUCCCAACCAUGAGCUCGGCAGAGACUUCAAUGAAGGACAGUCAGCCCCAGCGAGCCACCUCAUCCGAGUGGAAGGCAGUAACCUCUCUCAGUAUGUGGACGAUCCUGUCACCGGGCGACAGAGUGUGAUGGUGCCAUAUGAGCCACCCCAGGUGGGGACUGAAUUCACCACCAUCCUAUACAACUUCAUGUGCAACAGUAGCUGUGUGGGAGGCAUGAACCGGAGGCCCAUUCUCAUCAUCAUCACCUUGGAGACUAGAGAUGGGCAGGUUCUAGGCCGGAGGUCAUUCGAGGGGCGGAUCUGUGCCUGCCCUGGCAGAGACCGAAAAGCAGAUGAAGAUCACUACCGGGAACAGCAAGCUCUGAACGAGAAUGCAGCCAAGAAUGGGAACGCUACCAAACGCACAUUCAAGCAAAGCCCACCUGCCAUCCCUGCCCUGGUGGCCAAUGUGAAAAAGAGGAGACAUGGGGAUGAGGAGAUAUACUAUAUGCCUGUCCGUGGACGAGAGAACUUUGAAAUACUGAUGAAGAUCAAGGAAAGCCUGGAACUUAUGGAGCUGGUACCUCAACAACUUGUUGACUCCUAUCGACAGCAGCAGCAGCAGCUCCUCCAGAGGCCGAGUCACUUACAGUCCCCCUCUUCCUACGGCCCAGUCCUCUCGCCCAUGAACAAAGUCCAUGGGGGUCUCAACAAACUGCCUUCAGUCAACCAGCUUGUGGGGCAGCCUCAGCAGCAUAGCUCCGCAGGAGGGCCCAACCUGGGGCCUAUGGGCCCUGGAAUGCUGAACAGCCACAGUCACCCCAUGCAGUCCAACGGUGAAAUGAAUGGUGGCCACUCCUCCCAGUCCAUGGUCUCAGGGUCGCACUGCACCCCUCCUCCCCCAUACAAUGCUGACCCCAGCCUCGUCAGUUUUUUAACAGGAUUGGGGUGUCCAAACUGCAUCGAGUAUUUCACAUCCCAAGGGCUGCAGAACAUUUACCACCUGCAGAAUCUAACCAUAGAGGAUCUUGGGGCCCUGAAGAUUCCUGAUCAAUACAGAAUGACCAUCUGGAGGGGUCUUCAGGAGCUGAAGCAGAGCCAUGACUACGGGGCCCAGCAGCUUAUCCGCUCGAGUAGUAACGCUUCGACCAUCUCCAUUGGGAGCUCGGGGGAACUUCAGCGCCAGCGCGUGAUGGAGGCUGUGCAUUUCCGAGUCCGCCACACGAUCACCAUCCCCAAUCGCAGUGGGGCAGACGAGUGGGCAGACUUUGGCUUUGACCUCCCUGAUUGCAAAUCCCGCAAACAGUCCAUUAAAGAAGAGUUCACAGAUGGAGAGAUCAACUGA